CGUGUCUCUUGUCCUCUUCUCCGACCAUCCCCCGAAUCUAGUUACUUACAAGAGAAGGUAGCUAGUACCAGUAGUUCUGCAAUCCGAUCGACACAGCCGACAUGCUGAGGUUACUGAUCAUCUGGGCUGCGAUCUUGGGCUGCUGCCAUGGGCAGUCCGAAGUGUCCCGGAGGAACAGCCGCCUGAAGGUGAUGUCACCGCCGGAGCUCGAGGCCACAUACGACUUUGCCAUUGCCGACUUCGGUUUCCCGCAUCACGGUGGCUCCAUGACUGGCGUGGUGGUGUACCCAAGACACAACGGGCAGGCUUGCGGCGACUUCGAUGAAUAUGGCAUCUCUCUCCGUUCUCGCCGAGCUGGCGCACUUCCUGUUUUCUUGCUCGUCGACAGAGGAGAGUGUUUCUUCGCAACCAAGGUGAGGAAUGGGCAGAAAGCCGGAGCAGCAGCAGUUCUUGUUGCUGAUACAAAACUUGAGCCAUUAUUUGCAAUAGAAGGAGCAGAAAGCAGAAGCGCAAGCAAAACAGAUGCUUUACAGGAUAUCACCAUUCCUUCGGCACUAAUAACCAAAAACCUGGGGGACAGUCUCAAGAAAGCAAUGGAUAAUGGCGACUUGGUUAAUGUUAACUUGGACUGGGGGGAGUCCCGACCGUACCCUAAUGAGCGUGCUGAGUAUGAAUUUUGGACAAAUAGUAUGGAUGAAUGUGGUACAAAAUGCGAUAACCAGGUUGAUUUCCUGAAGAGAUUCAAAGGUGUAGCGCAAACACUCGAGAAGAAGGGCUACACGCAGUUCACUCCUCAUUACAUUACUUGGUAUUGCCCAGAGAACUUUGUCUUAAGCAAGCAGUGCAAGUCCCAAUGUAUCAACCAUGGGAGGUAUUGUGCACCAGACCCGGAACAAGGUUCCAGCAAAGGGUACAAUGGGAGAGAUGUGGUGAUUCAAAAUUUAUAUCAAAUUUGUGUGUUCAAAGUUUCAAAGAAGACUGGGAAGCCUUGGUUAUGGUGGGACUAUGUGACUCAUUUUGCUAUUAUGUGCCCAAUGAAGAAAAAGAUGUACACUCAUGAAUGUGCUUCCGGAGUAAUCAGAUCACUUGGCCUUAGUCAAAAAGCAGUUGAGAUGUGUGUUGGUGAUCCUGACAUGGACGAGGAUCAUCCUGUGCUAAAAGAUGAGCAAGAUGCACAGAUUGGCAAGGGUUCUCACAGUGAUGUUACUAUGUUACCAACACUUGUAAUCAACAAUAGACAAUACAGAGGGAAACUUGAAAAAGGAGCAGUUCUUAGAGCUCUCUGCGCCAGCUUUCGAGAAAAUAGUGAACCAUCUAUUUGCUCAAAUGAAGAAGAAGACAUACAAACCAAUCAAUGCUUGGACAACAAUGGUGGUUGCUGGCAAGAUAUGGCUGCUAACGUGACUGCAUGCAAGGACACCUCCACUGGAACAAUUUGUGAAUGUCCAGUUUUUCAAGGUGUGAAGUACAUUGGUGAUGGUUACAACCACUGUGAAGCAAACAUAGUUACCUAG